CGAGCACUGUGGUGCGGAAGACGCAUUUCGAAUUUUUCACUGUUCGGAGUUAGACGUAUCCAAGUUCUCGUCUUCAUCAUGACUGGCCGUGGAAAGGGAGGAAAGGGAUUGGGAAAAGGAGGAGCAAAAAGACACAGGAAGGUACUUCGUGAUAACAUCCAAGGUAUCACGAAGCCUGCCAUCCGUCGUUUGGCUAGACGUGGCGGCGUAAAACGUAUCUCCGGUCUGAUUUACGAAGAAACUCGUGGUGUACUCAAGGUCUUUCUCGAGAACGUCAUCCGUGAUGCUGUUACCUACACCGAACAUGCGAAGAGGAAGACUGUGACCGCCAUGGACGUGGUCUACGCCCUGAAACGACAAGGAAGAACCCUUUACGGCUUCGGCGGUUAAAUCAUCAAGCUUCGGCUCCAAUUAUACAAACGGCUCUUUUCAGAGCCACAAAUAUUUGCUUCGUGAGAUAUCUCUCGUUUAUCAAUAAACACGAUAACACCUGA